GUAAUCGCAUAUUUUAGAAAUUAGUAACAAUUUUCGAAAAUGCUGAAAUUUUAACAAAUAUUAACCACUUACUGCACUACUUACAUAUAAAUUCCAAUUAUUGUUGUUAAAUUUUAACAAUGGUUUUAUUGAGCAACGAUGAGUUUCUAGCAGAGUUAACAAAACUUUUCCAAAAAGCACGAUUAGCAGGAUCAAUCACAAUGACUAUGAAGAGAUAUGACGGCCGUAGCAAACCAAUGCCUCGAGACGGAACUCCUGCAGUUAAAAAUCCCGAAUACAAAUGCCUAUUACGGGCACAAUCUAAAAGUAAAAAGAUAUCAACAGUUGUGGAACAGCGUGAUGUUGAAAAGUUCUCAACUGCAUAUUCUAAUCUGCUGAAAACGAGUGUUAAUGGCUUGAAACGCUUGAAAAAGCCCAAGAAAAAAGCAAUGGCGACUCAGUAGUGUGUAACAGUGACUGUGUCAUAGACUGAUUAUGAAGUGCACAACUUAGUGUUAAGUAUGUAAAGUGACAAGUGACUUUAUGAUACCACCCUGAGAUCCUGGCGUGUGGGAUGAGGUCCAUUGAACUGUGCUUUUCUCUCCAAGGGAGAUUGAAGAGUUGGAGUCUUACCUGCUUUUGCUAGUAAGGCAUAAUGCAGUCAUUGACCAGAUGUACAACACUUUUUAUACAAAAGAUAAUAUAUCUUGUGCUUCUAUUAAAUAUAAUAUUCAAAACUUUAUAAAGAAGUAUCAAUUUUAAAACAACAUCCAAGUUAUCAAGGAGCAACACAUUACACUUGAUUAAUUUUAUUUUGAAGUUUUAAAGUUUUAAAUAACAAGUACAGAAUAAAAGAUUUCAUUUAUUUUUACCAUAAUAAUGUGUAACAAAGAUAGAAAUGUCUUAUGAAAAUAUAGAUCAUGAUAUUUAUCACAUUUUUUGAGACCAAUUAUAAUAAUAAUAAAAAAACUUUCAACUUAUGGAAAGCUGUUUUAACAUACAAAAUGAAAUUUUAGUUACAUAGUAGGUAUGGGCUAAUCUAAUUAUUAUUAAUUUUGAUUUGUGCAUUGUGUUUUCUGAUUUCGAUAGUUUAAAAAUAAUACUGGGUUUUUAUUGUAUAUAUUUUUGUUUUUGGUUCCAUUG